AUAUGACCGAGGAGGAACGUAAUGCGCAUGACGCAGAGCAGAGAAAGAGAGAAAUACACGAGCAAGAGGCGCUGCUCUACCGAUGGAAGCAAGAACUCAGUAACGUGUCGGUUACCCUCCCCCUUCCCCCGUAUACCAGGGGGAAGGAUGUGAUCGUCAAGCUACAGAAGAAGUUCUUGAGUGUUGCUCUGAAGGGUAAAGAUUCAAUGAUGGAGGGAGAACUGUGUAAAGAGAUCAAAGUGGAGGACAGUACUUGGACCAUUGAAGAUCAAUCGGUACUGCACAUAUAUCUCGAGAAACUGAACAAGAUGCAAUGGUGGGAGAAUGUUCUUACUCAGGAUCCCAAGAUCGAUACCACCAAGAUUCAACCGGAGAACAGCCAGCUGUCCGACUUAGAUGGCGAGACUAGAGGCAUGGUUGAGAAGAUGAUGUAUGACCAACAACAAAGGCAGAUAGGGAGGCCGACUUCCGAUGAGGCGAAAAAGGAGAUACUGGCCAAGUUCCAGGAGGCGCAUCCUGAGAUGGAUUUCUCUCAAGCCAGGACUGGUUGAUACAAUCCUAAUUGUUGAUCACCUCUUCAUUGUUUUUCUCGAUAUUGUUCUCUUCUCUCUGACAGGAUGGCUGAAGCUGUGAAUACCAGCAGGCCUUACUAUCUGAUGUGGGGUUUGGAUGAACAGGGCAUCCCUCACUCUAGUAGAUUUGAAAUUUGACAAAGAU